CUUGUUUGUCUGACUGAUUCUCUCUGCCUGCCUCUCCUCAGACUGACGAUGGCUGAAGCCCAGCUGUGUGGAUUACAGGACGAGUUCACCUGCUCAAUUUGUUUGGACACCCUGACUGACCCUGUGUCACUGCACUGUGGUCACAGUUUCUGCCUGAAGUGCCUCUCCGACUGCUGGGAUCAGAGCCAAGUGUGUAGCUGUCCUCAGUGCAGACAUGUCUUCAUUGUGAGGCCUGAACUUAAGAGAAACACUCUGCUGAAUGAAGUCAUCAAUAAAUUAAAGAAGACGACACUCAGUUCUCCUCCAUCUAAGAAUUAUGCCGGCCCUGGAGAAGUGGAGUGUGACUUCUGUACUGGGAAGAAGUUCAGAGCGGUGAAGUCCUGUCUAACCUGCUUGGCCUCUUUCUGUCAGACUCACCUGAAGCCUCACUUUGAAAUAGCAGCCUGGAAGGGACACAAGCUGACUGAUCCUGAUAGAAAUCUAAAGGAGAAACUCUGUGAGAAACAUCAGAAAAGUCUGGAGAUGUUUUGUAGAACCGACAAGACAUGCAUCUGCUUGAUGUGUGGAAUGAUUGAACAUGAUGGACAUGAAAAGGUUGAACUGGAGACUGAAAGAGAAGGAAAACAGAAACAGCUGGUGGCAACACAGAGUGAAAUUAGGAAAAGACUUGAAGAGAAAGAGAAGAAACUGAAGGAGACGAGGAGGACAGUGGAGGAGAUGAAGAUCUCUGUGGAAAGAGUGAUGAAGGAACAUGAUAAGAGCUUCAGAGAUCUGAAACAGUGCAUUGAGGAAGCCCACAAGAAACUGACUGAGAGGAUCAAAAAACAAGAAAAGAGAGAAAUGGAGAAGGCUGAAGGAGUCAUGGAGCGACUGGAGAAGGAGAUUGAGGAGCUGAAGAGGAGAGAAGAUGAGCUGAAGGAGCUUUCAGAAACCAAGGACCAUCUCUACUUCCUACAGGCUUUCUCAUCUUGCUGUGUCCUUCCUACUCAUGGAGACUCACUCAGCUUCACUGUCACUGCCGCUUUCUCUUCUGAGGACCUGCUAAAGGAGCUGUCAGGUCUGAAAAAGAGUCUGGAGAAGAUCGGUCAGUGGGACAUCUUGCCUUUGACUCCAUCAGGUCGUGAAGCUCCAGUCUUCACCUUACAGCCUCCUGAACCUCAGAGCAGAGAGGAGUUUUUACAAUACUUCUGUCCUCUCACACUGGACAUCAACACGGCAAACAGAGAAGUCCAUCUGUCUGAAGGGAACAAGAAGGUGACACGUGAGGGGACAAAAGCAGAAUAUCCUGAUCAUCCUGACAGAUUUGACUGCUGGACUCAAGUUCUAUGCAGAGAGGCUCUGAUUGGGACUCGCUGUUACUGGGAGGUGGAGUGCAGUGGAGACUACAUGAGGAUUGGAGUUGCAUAUAAAGGAAUGAGAAGGAAAGGAGUGGGAGUGGAGUGUGGCCUUGGAAACAAUGACAAGUCCUGGAGUUUGCUGUGUUUUCAUUCCCAGUACUCUGUGUGUCACAAUAACAUAGAGACUGUAAUCAUUGCCCCCUACAGCCCCAGAAUAGGUGUGUAUCUGGACUGGCCUGCUGGCUCUCUGUCAUUUUAUAGCGUCUCACACACAAUGACCCUCCUGCACAGGUUCAACACCUCCUUCACUGAGCCCCUCUGUCCAGGGUUUGGAUUUGAUCUUGGUCUUAACUCCAGUGUAACAAUCAACCAUCUGAUACCAUGUGACUACUGACCAGUACCCUCCACCGGUCACUUGAUGUCCCCACAAGCUGAGGUGUCUUUGUGUUUGUAGUUUGGAUGAAAUUAAAUUUACAGGAAUUCAGCACCUCUGCGAUUGAAUUUGUGGAUGAGAAUGCAGGGCAAGUGUAACUGUCAGGGUCUCCAUUAUUGGGUUUGAGUAGCCAAUCA